CCCUCCCUCUUUCCCUCCCGCGAGCCUCGGGGUUCCUCAGCUGGCUGAGGUCGAGUCAGUGUCAGUCAGGGAGGCGAACUGCUGAGCACUGGCCGCGGACGCUCCGUUGCAGUCUCGCCCAGGGGCCGGUACCUGCGCUCGCGCCGCCGGGUGGAAAGGAUGAAGCCGCAGCUGGAGCAGCCACCCUAUGAUUGGCUGUGGCGCUUGUGAACCCAAAGUAAAGAUGGCGGGCGGGCAGGCAGCCGCCGCACUGCCCACUUGGAAGAUGGCGGCGCGCCGCAGCCUCAGCGCCCGCGGCCGGGGGAUCCUGCAGGCGGCUGCGGGGCGGCUGCUGCCGCUGCUCCUGCUGAGCUGCUGCUGCGGUGCGGGCGGCUGCGCAGCGGUGGGCGAGAAUGAGGAGACGGUGAUCAUCGGGCUGCGACUGGAGGACACGAACGACGUGUCGUUCAUGGAAGGGGGGGCGCUGCGGGUGAGCGAACGGACCCGGGUCAAGCUGCGGGUGUACGGGCAGAACAUCAAUAACGAGACGUGGUCCCGCAUCGCCUUCACCGAGCACGAGCGGCGGCGCCACAGCCCGGGGGAGCGCGGGCUGGGGGGCCCCGCGCCGCCAGAGCCGGACAGCGGCCCCCAGCGCUGCGGCAUCCGCACCUCAGACAUCAUCAUCUUGCCCCACAUCAUUCUCAACCGCCGCACCUCGGGCAUCAUCGAGAUCGAGAUCAAACCGCUACGCAAGAUGGAGAAGAGCAAGUCCUAUUACCUGUGCACGUCGCUCUCCACGCCCGCCCUGGGCGCCGGCGGCUCGGGGUCCACGGGUGGCGCCGUCGGGGGCAAGGGUGGCUCGGGGGUAGCCGGGCUCCCGCCGCCCCCGUGGGCCGAGACCACCUGGAUUUACCACGACGGCGAGGACACCAAGAUGAUCGUAGGCGAAGAGAAGAAGUUCCUGCUGCCCUUCUGGCUGCAGGUGAUCUUCAUUUCGCUGCUGCUGUGCCUGUCGGGCAUGUUCAGCGGCCUCAACCUGGGGCUCAUGGCCCUGGACCCGAUGGAGCUGCGCAUCGUGCAGAACUGCGGCACGGAGAAGGAGAAGAAUUACGCCAAGCGCAUCGAGCCGGUGCGCAGGCAGGGCAACUACCUGCUGUGCUCACUGCUGCUGGGCAACGUGCUGGUCAACACCACGCUCACCAUCCUGCUCGACGACAUCGCCGGCUCGGGCCUCGUGGCCGUGGUAGUCUCCACCAUCGGUAUCGUCAUCUUCGGAGAGAUCGUGCCCCAGGCCAUCUGCUCCCGGCACGGCCUGGCUGUGGGGGCCAACACCAUCUUCCUCACCAAGUUUUUCAUGAUGAUGACCUUCCCCGCUUCCUACCCGGUCAGCAAGCUGCUGGACUGCGUCCUGGGCCAGGAGAUAGGCACCGUCUAUAACCGGGAAAAACUGCUGGAGAUGCUCCGGGUCACCGAUCCCUACAACGACCUCGUUAAGGAGGAGCUGAACAUCAUCCAAGGGGCGCUGGAGCUCCGCACCAAGACGGUGGAGGACGUGAUGACCCCACUCCGGGACUGCUUCAUGAUCACCGGCGAAGCCAUCCUGGACUUCAACACCAUGUCUGAGAUCAUGGAGAGCGGCUACACCCGCAUUCCAGUGUUUGAAGGGGAGCGCUCCAAUAUCGUGGACCUGCUGUUUGUCAAAGACUUGGCCUUCGUGGAUCCCGAUGACUGUACCCCCCUGAAAACCAUCACCAAAUUUUAUAACCACCCCUUGCACUUUGUUUUCAAUGACACCAAGUUGGACGCUAUGCUGGAAGAAUUUAAGAAAGGUAAAUCUCACCUGGCUAUCGUGCAGCGGGUAAACAAUGAGGGAGAAGGGGAUCCAUUUUAUGAAGUUCUGGGAAUUGUCACCUUAGAAGAUGUGAUUGAAGAAAUCAUCAAAUCUGAGAUUCUUGAUGAAACAGAUUUAUACACUGACAACAGAACGAAAAAGAAAGUGGCUCACCGGGAACGAAAGCAAGAUUUUUCUGCCUUUAAGCAGACAGACAGCGAGAUGAAGGUUAAAAUAUCACCACAGCUCCUCCUGGCCAUGCACCGUUUCCUAGCAACAGAAGUAGAAGCAUUUAGCCCAUCCCAGAUGUCAGAGAAGAUCCUUCUAAGGCUGCUAAAGCACCCCAAUGUCAUCCAGGAACUGAAAUAUGAUGAGAAGAACAAGAAAGCCCCCGAAUACUACCUCUACCAGCGCAACAAGCCAGUAGACUACUUCGUUCUCAUUCUGCAGGGGAAAGUGGAAGUUGAAGCUGGGAAAGAAGGUAUGAAGUUUGAAGCAAGCGCCUUCUCAUACUAUGGCGUGAUGGCCCUGACAGCCUCUCCAGUUCCUUUGUCCCUGUCUCGUACCUUUGUUGUCAGCAGAACAGAGUUGUUAGCAGCAGGUUCUCCAGGUGAAAAUAAGUCCCCUCCUCGCCCAUGUGGCUUGAAUCACUCAGACUCUCUCAGUCGAAGCGACCGGAUUGACGCCGUCACACCAACACUGGGGAGCAGCAAUAACCAGCUCAAUUCUUCGCUCCUCCAAGUCUACAUCCCCGAUUACUCGGUGCGAGCCCUUUCGGAUCUGCAGUUUGUUAAGAUCUCAAGACAGCAAUACCAAAAUGCCUUGAUGGCAUCCCGGAUGGACAAAACCCCCCAGUCUUCAGACAGUGAAAACACUAAAAUCGAAUUGACUCUUACGGAGCUGCAUGACGGGUUGCCAGACGAGACAGCCAACCUGCUCAACGAACAGAACUGUGUGACACACAGUAAGGCCAACCACAGCCUGCACAACGAAGGCGCCAUCUAGGCCGCGCUGGCUGCACCCGCCCAGGCCCGCACCCGCCCAGUCCCGAGGGCCCGGCCCUGUCUGCCCAUGACUUCACUGGUGUGAGCUUGUCCGCCAUGCUGUACCCUGCAACAUCCUGAGACCAAAGACCUUGUGCCCUUCCCAGGAGCCGCGGAGGAGGACAGUGAGGGGAGGAAUGGAAACGAGAGACGUGAAGUUGGCAGCCGGGGCAUGGCGUUCAAGAUUUUGGAGAUGAACUGAUUCCGCCCAAAUAGAAUCAUGUUUAUUUUUUCAGCUCUCCCUUUUAUCAUUAUUCACACUCCUCUGCCCUCGAUUUGCAUGAAGUUGAAAAUUGUUGCGAUUUAUUUUUUCAAGAGAUCAUGUUUUUAAAGUGUCUUUUGCAGAGUUUUAAGUUGUUCUGUCUGAACUCUGCUGUGAUCCCAUGAUGUGACCCUGAUGGGCUGGACUUGCCCCUCCGGUAGCCUUCCUUGGCCCUCCCAGCGAGGGGCACCCUUCCUCUGUGCCCCAGUGGGCAUCACCGUCGAUCUCGCUGGCUGAAUGAAGAAGACCGUGUUACUGCAGAACCUGCCAAGUCUGUCAUCACUGUGGGGUGUAGCCUGCCUCAGAGGGACCUGCAAUCACCUCUCUGAGCUCAGUGGUAUUUUGAGAAUUUAAUGUUUAACUGUACCCCUUUCCCUCAGGAAGAUUUAACAUUUGCUUGGGAAUGUGAUUUUGCUCCCACCCUAAGGAAUUUUUAUCACCAAAAUGAAUGUUAAUGAAUUUAAAACCCAUGGUUUAUCAUUGGCAAGAGGCAAGUUGACUUCAUCCUGUCAUUCCAGCCUGGGGUCUGCCAGCCAGCCCUCCUCCCCGACCCAGCGCCUAAGCUCACAGAGUGUCGUCGCCCACCUCCCUGGUCCUUGCUCUUGUUAACCCAAGAUGCUGCUACACAGAUGCCAAAUGGAAAUCUUCCACAGGGCUUUUUCAGUAAACACGUGAUGUGGAGUGCAAGCUCCUCCCCUUCCCACUAGAACAUACUUUAACAGAAAACGAGUCGGACCUUCUAGCUGCACUCUGUACUGUGUGCCGAGAAGGCAUUUCUAGACCCGUGUUUUUAAAGGAGGGAACUUUGGGGAUUGCCAGCCCCUGCUCCUCCUCCCAGGGAGCCAACUGUCCCUCCUCCCCUGUCCCUGGGCCCAUGGGGCCCGGCAGUGGCUGUGUCCCCUGCCUGAGGGCCUCUGUGCCUCCUGCCUCAGAUGCGGCCUGUGCCAGAGAGGCUGCCUGUACAGCCAGGGUCAGUUUGGCCCCAAACAGGGAUUCAGAAACCAAA